AUGUCGUUCACCCUCCCUUCCCUCCGGAGCCUUGCCACCCGGCUGCUCGUCCGACCAACCCCCCUCACAGCUGCCAUGAUGACGACGACAACCUCACCCUCGAGGCCAACACCAACACCAUGCCCCCACCAGACCCUCCCCACGACCCGCGCCCUUUCCACGACCACCACCCUCACAGCCAAAGGCAACGCCCCCCCAAGGGGCGGCGGCAAGCCCGGCACGAAACCAGGCAUCAAACCCGGCAGCAAGCCCGGCAAACAAGCCAAGAAAAAGGCCGGCGGCAAGCACGGCCUGCCCGCGCGCGACCCAAAGUUCAUCAACAUGCUCUCUCACUUCGCGAUCCUCUCCCCCGACCGCAUCCCGGCGCCGCUGCGCAUGGGCCGCAACCGCCACCUGCGGCACUGGACGAUCCACCGGGCGUGGAUGCUCUUCCGGCGGCGGGAGCGCGAGGCCCGCGAGCGCAACCUCAUGCGGCAGCACCAGAGCAUGUAUGCUGCGUGCGAGGCAUUGCGGUUAACGGCGGGCCCUGGAACGCGCGAUGAAGGGUAUUUGUACCGGAAGGCGAUGGAUAAGAGGUAUGUGUAUGGGUUGAGGGGGAUUCCGAUUGAUUAUGCGCGGCCGCAGACCGAGACCCCGGCGAGGGUGGCGUGGAAUCAUGAUUGGAAGCGGUGA